UUGGAUUUUUGCUUUGCAUUGGACUUUCACGCACCUUGUCCAUGGGUCUUCUAAUUAUUCUGGUGAUUUGUCUUUCUUGUGUGAUUCUCCUCUCUUUGUGGAGGCAGAGCCAUGGCAAGAGGAAGCUCCCACCUGGCCCCACUCCUCUCCCAAUUGUUGGAAAUCUUUUACAGCUAAAUAAUAAGAAUAUCAGCAAAUCUUUAAGCAGGCUUGCAAAAGAGUAUGGACCUGUUUUCACCCUAUAUUUUGGAAUGAAGCCCACUGUAGUGUUGUAUGGAUAUGAAGCCGUGAAAGAAGCCCUGAUGGAUCGGGGAGAGGAGUUUUCUGGCAGAGGGCCUUUCCCAGUGUUAGACAGAGUUGCCAAAGGGUUAGGCAUUGUAUUCAGCAGUGGAGAAAUAUGGAAGGAAACCCGGCGAUUUUCCCUCACAGUUUUGCGAAAUAUGGGGAUGGGAAAGAAAACUGUUGAAGACCGAAUUCAAGAGGAAGCCUUGUGUCUGAUAGAAGAAUUAAGAAAAACUAACGGAGCUCCCUGUGAUCCUGGCUUACUUCUGUUCUGUGUUCCCUGCAAUGUGAUCUGCUCCAUUAUUUUUAACAAUCGUUUUGACUAUGGUGAUGAGAAAUUUCAAAGCUUGAUUAAAUAUUUUCAUGAAAACUUUGCACUUUCAGCCACUAGGUGGAUACAGCUCUACAACAGUUUUCCCAUGUUACAUUAUCUCCCAGGAAGUCAUCACCAGUUAUUUAAAAACGUUGCUGCCCAGAUCAAGUUUAUUUCGGAAAAAGUACAAGAACAUCAACAAUCUCUGGAUGUCAAUGAUCCUCGGGACUUUAUUGACUAUUUCCUGAUUAAAAUGGAAAAGGAAAAACAUAAGGAACAGUCUGAAUUUACCAUGGAAAACUUGCUCAUUACUGUAUGGGAUGUGUUCAGUGCGGGCACAGAUACAACGAGCACCACCAUAACUUUUGGACUCUUGCUCCUGUUGAAGCAUCCUGAGAUUGCAGCUAAAGCCCAGGAAGAGAUUGAGCGUGUGAUCGGCAGACACCGGAGCCCCUGCAUGCAGGACAGGAGCCGCAUGCCCUACACGGAUGCUGUCAUCCAUGAGAUCCAGAGAUACGUUGACCUGGUUCCUAAUAAUGUUUCCCACGCAGUGACUCGGAGCAUUGAGUUUAGAGGAUACCACAUUCCAAAGGGCACAGAAAUAUUACCAUCUCUGACUUCUGUCCUGUAUGAUGACAAAGAGUUUCCCAACCCUGAGAAGUUUGACCCUGGCCAUUUCCUGGAUGCAAGUGGCAAUUUCAAGAAGAGUGACUACUUCAUGCCUUUCUCCACAGGAAAAAGAGCUUGUGUGGGAGAGGGCCUGGCCCGCAUGGAGCUGUUUUUAGUCCUGACCACCAUCUUGCAGCAUUUCACCUUAAAAUCACUGGUUGAUCCAAAGGAUAUCGACACCACUCCAGUGAAUAAAGGGUUUAUCUCUGUUCCACCCUCCUAUGAGCUGUGCUUUGUUCCCAUUUAAAGAAAAUAACUGACCCCAUCCGAGCAAGUCAAAUGGUUUCAGGCAUGCGUCAUGUGUUACCCAUCCUCACCAUUGAGAAGACCUGAGAAGAACAUCGCUAAGCAUGUCUUCUCAAGUCUUCUGUCCCUCAAACUCCAUUUGUUGAUUUCACCAAUGCAUAAAGGCACAGUUUCAUCCUCAAUAAAAUUCUCCUGAUAAUAAAA